AUGGCUAAGAAAACUUACGUUGAACAUCUUGCGGAAUCGGUGCUUGAUAACCUUCGGUAUCAACACGAUUGGACAGAGCUACAAAUAUUAACUCAUUCCCCUGUGGAUAACUCACCUCUACCGCGACCCUUAAUCUCUGGACUGCCUCCCCGUCGGCUCUAUUUACAUCCAGAUGAUCAGAUUAAAAUGCUCAAAUCCCACCCGAACCCGGAAGGGCGUAUUCCGGAGACACCUGUAGCCGAAUGGGUACUGCCAGUUCACCUGGCCGAAAAAUGGACACUUAAGGCAUUUGCAAGCGUUUUUGAUUCCAUGCCACCAGAGAACUCAGCUACUGCGGAUCGUGUUAAGAGAGUACUACUCGCUACAGUACAUGAUGAUUCCACCGUCGUUUACUAUUUUAUGCAUGAUGGUAUUGUCAAACCUCGACAGAACUAA